AAUUGGUAAAACGAUGUCUUUACUGAGCUUACGUGGCUCACGCUGGGCUUCUCUUGAGGCCUGUAGUGUCGAGUAACGUUAGGCCUCUGUGCACGGCAUGCUAAUGCUAACGUUUGCCCGCGCCUUUAGUUCAGCAGCAUCACUCGCCUUAACGAUUCCGCAUGAGGGAUACAUGUACUUAUAAUUGCUCAUGUUAUGCAAUUAGGUGAGGGUUCAAGCAAGGGUUUAAAUGUCCUUUCUUCUACAGACUGAGAUGUAUCUAGGUAACCGUUUAAGGGGCUUUCACAGCGCUGCACGGUAACUCGCCGCCUCUAGUCAUUUCAAUGAGGGGAAGGCGGCAGAGGCGAAGCGGUUUUGACCACGGCGAUAGGGGUAUGCGGUUGGUGCCCAUGGGAACGCGCAAGUAUUCUGCUCUGCUCCCAGGGGUGCUUGAGUGGGUUCCAUGCGGUCCCCAGCAAAAAGGGGAAUUUAUUUCAUUAAUAACUAACACAAUAACAGGAUAUAUGACUAUUUUGGCCAUUAGUUUCAUACACUUUCUGUAAUAAAACCUCCUAAAAGCAAAACUAUCAGAUGCGGGACCCUUGGACAAAGUUUUAUCAAGUAGGGGUCUGUCGUCUAAUUUGUGUCAGUUUAGGGGAUUAUUGACGUAAAAAACAAAUUGGGAACCACUUGUAUAACAAGUAAUGAGAAAAUUAACUGACAACAACUUUGAUAAUAUGUUAACGUUAGUUGUUUGAGUCCCUUAUCAAGCCAAAAUGCUAGGACUUCAACUAAAGGUUGUGUGUCCUCUAUAAUCUGACAAUUACUUUUGAUUAAUCUUGUAGCAGUCACAUGUCAGAAAAUGGUUUCAAAAAUGGCAUUACAAUUUCCCAUAGUCAAGUUUGUAUAAAAGCUAAAGAAAUAUUCAGUUACAAUAACAGAAAUAAAGCAAUAAAUCCUCAUAUUUGAGUAAUUGAAAAUAGCAUAAACACAGCAUUUUAGUUUGAUAAAUGGCCGUUAAAAUCAUUAUAAUUGUCAAAAUUGAUGUCUGUUAAUUUGUCUAAUUGUUUUAGCCCUGAAAAAUACCUAGCAUUAACCAAUUUAAGCUUCUGUCUUUUUCUGCUUUACGUCACUAUAAAUUUAAUAAUUUGUGUAUUUUCUCUUUUUCUGACAGACUAAAAAAUUAAGUAAUGGGAAAUUAGUUUGUCAGAUUAAUCAACAGUGUAAAUGAACAUUAGUUGCAGCCCUAGAUGUAACAGCUGCAGCAUUUUCUUAACGUAGGAAUUGCUGAUUUAAACAAUGUGGAAAAACAAAUUAACUUAGCGUUAAUGUUGUCAUGUCAUUGAAAUCCUGUUGGCAAUCCCUCGGGUUCCCCAUAUCUCCCUUGGGAUGCUAAUGAGCUACUGCAAUAGGUACUCUACAGUAUUUUAACAUUGACUAUAGUAGGAAAUAAUUGUUGUCUGCUUUGUAUUUUCCUGUAUCCAAUUACACCUGGCUUCUCAGCAGGUAGGACAUGUCGAGGACCAUAACAACAACAAAGAUUCAAAGCAUCAGUGAUCAACAGUGUUCUUUGAUUCUCAACAGAUUGUCGAUGAGAGUUGUGAUAACACUACAUCAAACUGUAAAAAGUCUCUUAUGAUACCUUGUUGGUCUAAGCAAAGGAUGUAGAGGUCAGAGAGUGGAUGCGAUUGUACAGCCCAUAAUCCAUUAUUAAGUUAGUGGUCCCUGGGGACACAACACUCAUUGUCAGUUUGAAGAAGGCAUGUUGGGUCUCCUUUUUUGUAUUCUUUGCACAACAUAUCUGUAUUUUCUUCCAGUGACUCUCCCUUGCCUGUGACUUCACGUGUCUGUUUUGUAAAGUUCCUUGAGUCUGAGUCGGUGGGAGUUUCCCAACACCUGACGAACACCGUCUUCGUGGACCGAGCCUUGAUCGUGGUCCCUUUUGCCGAAGGUGGGUGUCCGUUUUAUUCUUGUCUUACUUACAUGGAUAUCUGUGAACAUGCAUCAAAAUGUGUAGGUUGUUUUGAUAGAAUUUGCAAACGCUAUCUGAGCCAUUAUGAGUUUUUGUGACCAAGCAAAAUUUGCUAAGCUUUUCAGUGCUCGGCAUUUUUAGGUAUGUAAAAGGGAAAUGUACAUUUGUGUCCAUGUCUGACAAUCUAGCUGUAAACCUCUCUCUCUGUUAUUUGUGUUGUGGUUUUCAUAGUGGACAAGUCAUUUGCAGAGAGCCCCUUCCUUGCUGGCUGAAAGUGGUCCUCUGCUGCCAUCAGGAGAUUAGAAAAAAAUAAUGGCACCAGGCUCGCAAGCCCCCUUCUUUCUCUUGUUCUGCAGUAAAAUAUUAACUGUUUAUUUUUUUUCUCUCUGUUCAAGGCAUCUUUUCUUGAAAAAAAAAAUUGCCACAAAACUCUUAAGUAAAAUAAGGGGGUGGUAGGAGAGGGUGCAGGUCAAUCUCAAUUCCAAGUUCAAAGAGUUUAAAUAUAUUUUAAAUAAAAUGUAUGUCGAUUAGUAGGCAUGCACCAGACUAGGGAUGCCCCGAGCAGAUCUGCUGGAUCGGUAUCGAGGCAGAUAAAGACAUUUUUUUUAGUUAAUUGGUAUUGACUUUAAAGCCAUUUCUGAUCCUGUUUAUAUUGGAACCUUUUGCACUCUGGGUAUGCCAGUUGCCAAAAUUUCCCAUUUGUGCUUGAACCAAUAAACAUAAACAAUGAGUUCACUUCAUGUUAUCCACACUGAUGGCAUGGAUCAGCGUGCUGGUGUUAUACACCGCUUAAAAAAACAGUUUAAACCUGGGUAUACUGUGUAAUUUGUGUUGCGUAGCAUACAUGUAGUUGAUUUGCUGCCACAACACAUCCAUGCCGACACUCCUUGUGCACUGAUAAUAUAUGCGCUGUAGGAAACCAUUAAAGACCCUGCACGUACACACUGGUGUUUUCAGUUACUGGCUGAUGAGGCAUAUUUUCAGGUUUAAGUUGGGCAAGGGCUAAGGUGGGAGUUUGCUUUGGUCACCAAACUCAAGGUGUAAGUUGCCCUGCCCUGACAGGUGCAGCAAAGCCUAGCAAUAGAGUGAGGGAGAUGACAAUCAAGCACGGUCUUAUAGGUCCACAGUUCUGAGGAGAGGUCUAAUCAACCAAAUAAGCGAAGACUUUACCUGUGUUGUGGUGUUAGGGUGUGGCUUUGUUUUCUUAAUGUUAAACGAACCUAUCCAAACUGAAUUACUUUAUUAAAUGUAAUCUUGGCCUGAUAGGCUGAGAAUAGGCUGCUUUACAAAAAGGAAAAUGUUCGGGGCAUCCCUACACCAGCACAAAGUAUGCAUAAUAAAUUAACUAAACAGCUGUGCAUGCUAGAAUAGAUUUUGCAGAUGUUGUGGAAGUUGAGUAUAUAAUUUGGUUAUUAAUCAUUAUAAGCACACAAAUUGCCUUUGGCAUUUACUUGCUUCAUGUGCCAAAGCCUUGUAUUAUUUUUACACUGUGCAUCUGUAUUUCAAAAUUUUCACUAACACACAAGAUAAAAGUAGUUUUAAGCCUCUGCUUGAUGUUGCAGUAAAAUGCUUUUUAUUGACCCUCUCCACACAUGACUCUGAUAGAGUUGAGUGAAUCUCACGUUUAACAGUGGUGUUUCUUUUGUUGUUGUGUUUUACAGUUCUUUUUCCUGGUUCAGCCAGCCCUAUAUACCAGGCCCUGCUGAAAAUGCCACCAACAGUUUUGUCUUCUGCAGCCUUAUCCUGUUUCUCAAGUGUCCUUUCUGUUGUGUGUGUGUGUGUGUGUGUGUGCGCGUGUGUGUGUGUGUGUCUCUCUCUUUCUCCCAAUUUAAAAUGUAAAAUGUCAGAUAAAAAAAAUAGCCUGUUUUCAGAUUGCACCAUGGAUGAUCAUCUCCAUAAGAUUUUCCCUUUUGAUUUUACUGUUUGGUUUCUUCAGCUUUGGGCACAUUUGUCGUGAUUUUAUCACAGCUUUUGCUUUUAGUAGCCCUUAACUGUUAGUGCAGUUUAUCUUUGACAUUGUUUUGUGUUUUUAGUAACAUGCUGUUGGCUAAAACCUAGCAGUACUGUAGCUUGUUAGCAAUACUAUCUGGUUGCAAAGUAAGUUUUUCUUUUUUUUGUGGUGGGAUUGUACAAAGUAACCACCAACAAAAGCCCAGAAAAGGUAAUAUGUCUGAACCUUUUCUGUUUUUGUAUUGGUAAUGGUAAGUGAUGUUGAAAUGUACCCUUGUCUACACCCAAAUCAUGAACUUUUCUUUCUGUAUCUCAAUGUUCUUGUGUGCUUUAUAGCGAAGCAGCCGGCACGAGUCGCUUGUUCAUAAAACAUCUAAUGAAAGUUGAGAGCACAUCCCACGGGACAACUGGCUGUGCUUGCUUACGUUUGGUUCAUGACUUAAAAAACAAGUACAGGAGUCAUUCCUGAUGAAUCUAAAGCUAUGUCUCUGCUGGCCCCAGCCAAUGCCGUGGCAGGAAUGAUGCCUGGGGGAGGCCUUCUUCCAACACCCAAUCCUCUGGCAACAAUGGGAGGGACGCCAUUCGGAAGUCUUGGGGCUCCCAGCAUGGAGCAAAUGGCUGCCAUGGGAAUGCAGGGCCCUAACAUGAACCCCCAGGCUCUUUCUGCAGACUUCCUGAAGCUCAUGCAGUCUAUGGACCCCAAACUGAAUCCAUUAGCUGCCGGACUGAACUUGAAUGCAGGGCUGAAAAACGAUGCCUCCAAUAAGGAGAUUGAAGAGGCCAUGAAGAGAGUCCGAGAGGCCCAGUCUCUCAUCUCUGCAGCCAUUGAACCAGGAAAUAAGAAAGAUGACAAGCGCAAACAUUCCCGCUCCCGUUCGCGGUCACGGCGCAGACGCUCCAGAUCUCGCUCAAGACACCGACGUACGAAGAGCAGGUCUCGGCGGAGGUCUCAUUCAAGGAGUAGGAGGAGGUCCAAGAGUCCGCGGAGGAGGAGGACCCACUCCCGGGACAGAGGCCGGCGUAGUAGAUCUAGGGACAGGAGGAAGGAGGAAAAGUCUAAGAAAAGGUCUAAGACGCCCCCCAAGAGCUACAGCAGCGCCAGGAGGUCUCGAAGCAUUAGUCGGAGGCACAGGCGAAGCCGCAGUGCAUCUCGGUCCCCCAGGAGGAGGUUGUCCAGGUCUCCGUCGCUCAGACGUCACAAGAAAGAGAAAAAGAAGGACAAGGAGCGUGAGAAGGACCGGGAUAGAGACAGGAGGGAGGACAGGGACCGGAGCCGAGAUGAAAGGGAACGCUCCAGCAGUAAGAAGAAGAAGAGCAAAGACAAGGAGCGAGAUCGGGAACGCAAAUCUGAUAGUGAGAAAGGAGACGUUAAGGUGACCCGGGAUUACGAUGAAGAGGAGCAAGGUUAUGACAGUGAAAAGGAAAGAGAGGAGGACGACGACGAGAGGAAGAGCGACUCCGACUCUGCCUCAUCCCCCAAAGGCCAGGAUGAGAUGGAGAGAUCAGAGGGUCAAAUCCCCAAAAAGUCCAAACUGAAUGGAGAUGACCACCAUCAGGAAGACAUGGAGAUGAGCGACUAAGAACAUCCCGAGCCAGACCUCGUUACCUUUUCCACUUUCCUCUUUUAUAUUUUUAAUAUAGGCCACAACAUGUCUGUGCCUGAUCACUCAAAGUUAAAGAUUUGUUGUCUUAACUGUAGAAGCAUUUGGGGAAAAGCGGUUGUAGAAGGAAAGCAGUCCAAUAAUUUUUUUUAAGAGGACUAAAAUAUGAAUAACAUGAGACAUGGUUUUAAAUUGUCAUUGUUGUACAUUUUUUAAUAUCCUGUUUUUUCUUUUUGCCUUUUGUGUUCAAACUCUGUCUUCCUGGCAGUAGAAUACACGGCAUUUCCCAUUUAAAAUGCUGUUAUGUAAAUAUUUUGCUAGUCGGGAUUGAGUCCUCUCUCCUUUCAGAUUGUUAGUCACUCACCUUCAGCACCAACCAUUUUGCUUUAACUGUAAUGCACGAAGUCCUGUUUCAGCUGACCUUCCUAUGUACAACCCUUUGUAAGUGUACACUGUAGAUUGAAAUGUGUUGUUGCAAUGAAAUACAUUAGGUUUUCCAAAGGAAACUAAUAAAAUUGGCUCAACUGUCAA